UAAAAGCACUCACUCCACUAUCCUGCUUGGCUGCUGUCCGCUUCAUUCCAUUGGAGAGUUAGGCAACUGCUUCUUUUAGUUCAGGCCUGAGGGGUGUGGAGCGAUCCUGUUUCUUUAUUUCAAGACUUGUGCAGCAGAUUUGUUGGGUUAAAUUUGAGGAAAACUGUCAUCAUAAUGGCUUCAACACUUGACGAGGAAAGGAAAUCAACUUUGAAGGAUAUUGCCAACAAGCUCCGAGUGCACAGCAUCAACUCCACCACUGCUGCCAAAUCGGGACAUCCAACAUCAUGCUGUUCUGCUGCAGAGAUCAUGUCUGUGCUUUUCUUCAACACCAUGAGAUACAGCACCAGCGAACCACGUGACCCUAGCAGUGACCGCUUCAUCAUGUCAAAGGGUCACGCUGCUCCCAUCUUGUAUGCAGCCUGGGCUGAAGCUGGGGUAGUCAACGUAGAUGACCUGAACAACCUCCGGAAGAUUGACUGCUUACUUGAAGGACAUCCUACACCUAGACUGUCCUUUGUAGAUGUGGCAACUGGUUCACUGGGGCAGGGCCUGAGUGUGGCUGCUGGCAUGGCUUAUACUGGCAAAUACCUUGACAAGGCUGACUACCGCACUUAUUGCAUGGUUGGAGACGGUGAGAGCGCAGAGGGAUCGAUUUGGGAAGCUUGUGCGUUUGCCAGCUACUACAAACUGGACAAUCUUGUGACUAUCUUUGACGUCAACCGCCUUGGUCAGAGUCAAGCAACGUCUCUAGGCCAUGAGUUGGAAGUCUACCAGAAGAGACUUGAAGCAUUUGGGAUGCAUACUAUUGUUGUGGAUGGUCAUGAUGUUGAGGAACUGAACAAAGCCUUCUAUGAAGCUUCUAUGACCAAGGACAAACCCACUGCUAUUGUUGCAAAGACAUUCAAAGGCCAUGGAUGCCCAGGUGUGGCAGAUCUUGAUAAUUGGCAUGGAAAGGCCCUCGGUGCCAAGUCAGAGGAAGCACUGACUGCUAUUAAGGCUCAGAUUAAGAAUCCUGGGCCACACGGUAUCACCAUUCCUGCUCCUACAAGCUCUUGUGCCCCUACUGACCUGAAAAGUGUUCGUCUGAGUGAUCCUCCCAGUUAUCAACCUGGGGAUAAGGUGGCAACCCGUGUAGCUUAUGGUACAGCUCUUGUCAAACUGGGUAAAACCUUGCCCAAUGUAGUGGCCUUGGAUGGGGACACCAAGAACUCUACCUUUGCCAUCACCUACAAGAAUGCCUUCCCAGACAGAUUCGUUGAGUGCUUCAUCGCAGAGCAGAAUCUUGUUGGUGUGGGCAUUGGCUGUGCGUGUCGUGAUCGCAAUGUGGUGUUUGUGAGCGCCUUCGCUUGUUUCCUGUCUAGGGCUUACGAUCAGAUCCGCAUGGGUGCCAUCUCCCAGACCAAUGUCAACUUUGUUGGUUCUCAUUGUGGUGUCUCUAUUGGUGAGGAUGGACCAUCUCAGAUGGCUCUGGAAGACAUUGCUAUUUUCCGUGCCAUCCCGACCUGUACGGUAUUCUACCCCAGUGACGCAGUGUCCUGCGAACGUGCUAUUGAGUUGGCUGCAAAAGUUCCAGGUAUCACAUUCACCCGCACAAGCCGCCCAGUCACCGCCAUGCUCUAUGGCAACGAUGAAGCCUUUGAGAUUGGAAAGGCUAAGGUGGUACGUCAGACAGCUGAUGACAAAGCAGUCCUUGUGGGAGCAGGAAUCACCCUCCAUGAGGCCCUGGCUGCUGCUGAUCAACUCAAGGCAGAGGGUAUCAAUGUCACUGUGGUGGAUCCUUUCACUAUCAAACCCAUAGAUGGCGCUACACUCAGAGCAUGUGCCAAGGCUGCUGGUGGACUCAUACUGACAGUUGAAGAUCAUUACUAUGAAGGUGGUGUGGGUGAAGCUGUAGCUGGAGCCGUAGCCACGGAUUCAGGCAUCACGGUGCACCGUCUGGCUGUCAAGGGAGUCCCACGCAGUGGACCCUCAAGGGCUCUCCUUGACAUGUUUGGCAUCAGUGCACCCUGCAUCGCCAAGAAAGUCAAGGAGUUAUUAGCCUAAAGAUGAGACUGAUGUCAUGACUUUCACUCUUCGACCCCCCCCCCUUUCCAUUUCUGUGUAGUUCCUUGUAGGGUGAGUGUACUUGGAGAUCAGUCAACCGAGGUGACUUGUCCAUCUAUGAAAGUCACACAUCCCUAUCGUUUUCACCAAUUAUGAGCUGAUCCACUGAAAUAGAAUGAAGUUAAGAGACUGCGAGAAGUUUGAAUAAUAGUCAGAAAGCAUGAUAUAUGUAUGGAAUGCAGUCAUGCUUUUACUUUGAGUAAUAGAUUCAAAGACAUUUUCAUGCUCCUAGAGUUGCUUGAUAUAAUUACAAAUGUGUCCACAUUGAGAGCUGAAUCCUCUGAACGGUAAUUCUAUUCACAUUGCCAAUAUCUCUGAAAUUUUAUACAAAAGACACAUAGAUUUAAGAUAUUCAUUGCAUCUCCAUGUAUUUGAAAAUGUGCAAAGUAUUCUCACCUGUAGCUGACCUACCUGCUCUGUAAAAAGAUGAUGAUACUUUGAAAAUUUCCAUUGUAGUGGAUGAUGCUUAUGAAUUUGAUUAACAUGUUUUCUUUAUCAUUUUCUACAAGUAAGAAGAUCAUGUAUUUUAGGAGUACUUUCAAAGAAAAUAUCCAAGUAUAAGAAUAUCUUUUCCACAAAUCAUGCUUAGUAGCAUAAACCUCGCAUUGUGUAACAUUGCAUUUGGUGAUUUUCAUAUUUCUUUGAUUCUACUGAGUGUAAUACUUGAGGCUUGCUCUUUCAAACCACCUAUCUGCUAUCACAAACAUAAUGUUGAGAACAAGUAUUGUUUGAUCGAGUACAUAGUUGCUGCUUGCACUAUUCAUUUUCCCUACAUAUUAUAGAAGGCAAGAUCAAAUAUUCAGAAUGGCCAAUUUAUUAUUUUAUGUUAAUAUCUAUUUCAAGGUAGUGGGGUAUGUGUUUAGGUAUUUACUAAUAAAGUACUAUUUUUUUAAUCAUUUUGUUUAGAAUAGUCAACUGCAGAUUAUUGAUGUAAUAAUUUUUCAUUAUUUCCAGAAUAUGUAACUUUUUAUCCCCCCAAAAUAGUAAGACUCAUGAUUCAAAAUUUGUAUAAAUAGUUGUGUGGCAACACAAUUGUCAUUAUUGAUGUAAUAAUUAUUCAUCAUUUCAAGAAUAUGUAACUUGUUUUAAAAAAAGAGUAAAGCUCAUGAUUCAAAGUUUGUAUAAAUAGUUGUGUGACAACACAGUGAUCAUGUAUGUGUCUUGUAUGUAAAUGUGACUUCUUAUAUUAGUCAUAGUCUACAGAUCCAUUUACUUUUUCAGAAACAAAUAUGAAUGUUGGUGAUCAUUUAAUGGACAUUAACCCUCUUAAAAGAGCUAUGAAAACUUUAGCAUGAUCAAAGAUCAAGAAAUAAAUUUUUGCACACAAAAUAA